CGGAGCGGUUGGGUCCGUUCCUACUAUUCCGGCGCCUCCACUCCGUUCCCGACGGGUCUCCUCCGUGUGCAAUGGACGGCAUUGUCCAAGAUAUAACAGUUGGUACAAAGCGGCGGGGAUCUGAGGAGCUUUUCACUACUUGUGUUACUAACGGACCUUUUAUCAUGAGCAACAACCCUUCUUCUGCAGCUAAUGGAAACGACAGCAAGAAAUUCAAAGGUGACAAUCGAAGUGCUGGGGUCCCAUCCCGAGUAAUCCACGUCCGGAAGCUCCCCAGUGAUGUCACGGAGGCAGAGGUCAUAUCUUUGGGCUUACCUUUUGGCAAGGUCACCAAUCUUCUAAUGUUGAAAGGCAAAAACCAGGCUUUCAUAGAGAUGAACACAGAGGAGUCAGCCAACACCAUGGUCAACUACUACACCACUGUCACUCCAGUCCUCCGCAGCCAGCCCAUCUACAUCCAGUUCUCCAACCACAAGGAGCUCAAGACAGACAGCUCUCCCAACCAAGCACGUGCCCAGGCAGCUCUGCAAGCUGUGAAUUCUGUCCAGGCUGGAAACCUGGCCCUGGCAGCUCCUGCUGCUGCCGUGGAUGCAGCAAUGGCAAUGGCUGGCCAGAGCCCUGUCCUGAGGAUCAUUGUGGAGAAUCUCUUCUAUCCUGUCACUCUAGAUGUUCUGCAUCAGAUUUUUUCCAAGUUUGGAACAGUCUUGAAAAUAAUCACGUUCACAAAGAACAACCAGUUCCAGGCUCUGUUACAAUAUGCUGACCCAGUGAGCGCUCAGCACGCCAAGCUGUCCCUCGAUGGGCAGAACAUCUACAACGCCUCCUGCACACUGCGCAUCGAUUUCUCCAAGCUCACGAGUCUCAAUGUCAAGUACAAUAAUGAUAAGAGCAGAGAUUACACCCGACCAGACCUUCCUUCUGGGGAUAGCCACCCCUCCCUUGAUCAGACCAUGGCAGCUGCUUUUGGUGCCCCAGGAAUAAUCUCUGCUUCUCCAUAUGCAGGAGCUGGUUUUCCUCCUACCUUUGCAAUUCCUCAGGCUGCAGGUACUGUAUUUCGCCUGCCAGUCCCAGCAGUUCAUGGAGCUCUGGCUCCUUUGGCUAUCCCAGCAGCUGCAGCGGCUGCAGCAGGACGGAUUGCCAUUCCCGGCCUCACUGGGGCAGGGAACUCAGUUCUGCUGGUUAGCAAUCUGAAUACUGAGAGAGUUACACCCCAAUGCCUCUUUAUUCUUUUCGGAGUCUAUGGUGAUGUGCAGAGGGUGAAGAUUUUAUUUAAUAAGAAAGAGAAUGCUCUGGUUCAGAUGACUGAUGGAAACCAGGCCCAGCUUGCCAUGAGCCAUCUAAACGGGCAGAAGCUGCUGGGGAAGACAAUCCGGAUCACGCUGUCCAAGCACCAGACAGUGCAGCUCCCCCGCACGGAUCAGGAGGACCGUGGCCUGACCAAGGACUAUGGGAACUCUCCUCUGCAUCGUUUCAAGAAACCAGGCUCCAAAAAUUUCCAGAACAUCUUUCCCCCAUCUGCCACUCUUCACCUGUCCAAUAUUGCACCUUCAAUAACUGAAGAAGACCUUAAGAUGUUAUUUUCAAGCAAUGGUGGCGUAGUCAAAGGAUUCAAAUUCUUCCAGAAGGACCGGAAAAUGGCUCUGAUCCAGAUGGGCUCUGUGGAAGAAGCCAUUCAGUCACUCAUCGACCUCCAUAACCACGACCUGGGUGAGAACCACCACCUGCGUGUGUCCUUCUCCAAGUCUACCAUUUAAAAGCUUUUUGGAAGGCCUGAAAACAGCAAAAAAAACAAAACAACAAAACACAAACGAAAACGGACUUGACUUAAAACCUCUUGGGUUCAGCCUUGCCUUGAAAAAGACUGAACACCACGAGGGGUUUCAACUUCCAUCAUUCCAGAAAGAAAGAAAAAAAAAAAAGCCACUUUAAAAAAAAAAAAUGCAGCUGAAGUGACCUUAAAAGAGCAGAGAUUUUAUUUUUUUAAAGAGAAAUCAGUUUACCGGUUUUUAAAAGCAAAGCAAAUGAAAUCUAAUCCAUGUUGCUGACCUUGUGGGUGGUGGGUAACAAAUCCUGACUGUUCCAAUAAAAAAAAUAAUCACAAGUUGAAGUUUACACUUUGGAAAACCUGCUCUGGGAAAUUUUCCCCCUUCCCUUUCUGCUCCUCUUCUUCCCUCUCCUUUGACAAAAGAAAGCAGAUCCCACCGAGUUUUAUCAGGUUUCACACCGAUGCCUUUUUGUUCUUUUCUUUACCCAUCUAUGCCUUGAAAAGAAGAGAAAACAAAACACACACAAAAAAAAAAAGACCUAAAACCACUGUGUAAAUUCACUUGAGCGCCUUCUGAGUCAGGAUUCUGCAGAACACCCUGGUGGUUAGGAGCUCCCAACUCACCCAGCACAAAGUUGGUUCGUUUUAAGUUGCAUUGAUCCUACCUUAACUGUGCAUCUGCUGUCCUGUGCCUUAAAAGCUUUUUUUUUCCUUCUUUUGGGGGGGGGGGAAAAAUAGGCAAAACCAUCUUGAACUGCAGGGAGUGGAAUUGGGAGAGUUAAGGUUGAUGCCUGAACUCUGUUGUAGGAGGGAAGGAUGAAUUGAUGCUGGCAAAGUGGAUAAAGAAAACAGUUGGGCUUUGACUCUCCCAGCAGUUGUAUCCUACUGUCCAUGACAUGUCUCAGUGUCACCUGUUCCAAGCCACUGCUCACUGCCUGUGGCUCAUCAGCAAACUGCUGCCUGGUUCAGGCAUUCUUUUUUUGUCCCUAGUUAGGCAGAGGGGGCUCUGGGUGGGGGAAGCAUUCCCAAAGCCAACUCACAUUCCAUUGUCCAUUGCAAGAGCAUUGAUCAAGAGACAAAAAUCAACCACUGCAGGCCACUUGUGAAGACGAAUCAUUGUCCAAAUCAUGUCUCUGUGUGUGUGUGUAAAUAUCUUUAACUCAGCUAGGACCUGAGGAGUUCUUGGCUACCCCACAUUUAGAAGAGGUGUCCUCGUGGGUCACCUUUCUUUUUUGUGCCCCCUGAUCUGAGAUGACUAAGGAGACCAAGGUAGCUCUGUCAUCCAUUCUUUAGAGCAUGUCUUCAGCAUUUGAGCUUUUUUUUUUUCCAUUGUUGUUGUUUUAAUUCUCUGUAUUAUACUUUUUUGAUGCUGUUGCUGUCAUCUGUGCCUAGCAAUAUUUCCAGUUGACCAAAUAUUCUAAUCUUUAUAUGCAAAAGAAAUAGUUUAAGUACCUUUUUUUUAAUAGAAUGAUAAGAAUGGUAUAAAUGUAAUCUAAAUUUACUCCUUUUUUUUCCUCCUCGUGCUAUUACCCUCGUAUACUGUACUUUGUUUCUUUUGUAAUUGAAGCUGUAGGGCAGGAAUUUAGUUGUCAGGCUGAGGUCAUGACUGAGAAGGGAGGGAAGCUUUGUGAUGAAGUCAAUAAAUCAACGGUGAGCAAAGCAGCUUGGAAAGCCACUAUUGGGAGUUAAGGAGCGCAAGCGGCUCGGCGGUUGAAGUGAAAGGACCUAGGCUAUAAAGUCGUUUGGGGUUGUUUUUUUUCCUACCUUAACCUAUAAGCCCAGAUCAUUUAAGUUCUAGGAAGGGAAUUGAUUAAGAAGUAGAAUGCAGCAGAUUGUGUUUUCCCAACCAGAUUUGGUAUUUUUGUUUCCUGGCUUACAACUCUUUCCAGGCCAUUCUGCCUUCUCUAGUGUAAUCCGAUGUUGCCUUACAUUUCCCUCUCUAACCUGCAACCUCUUGGGAUGCAAAAUAACACAAAUCUUGUACUUGUUUUCAGGGUUUUUUCUGCAAAUUGUGGACCAAAGUUUUGGGGGUUGUUUUUUUUUGUUUUCUUUUUUUAAUUGUCUUAGUGUUGCAAGUUUUGAUUUCCUUGCUUCACCUGGGAGCUCUUGACUUGCCCAGCACUGAGUGUUUGGAGAAGUCUUAACUUUCUGUAGUUCCUCCCUGAACUCGAGGAUGUGAAUUAUGCUGGAGAAGUGUUGUGCAGUGAGUGGGCUUCAGCUUGGGUUGCUGCCCUGAGGUGGAUGAUCCUGGUUUUGCCCAGGUCCUCAGGUUGGGUGGCUGAGGAGCACUAAAACCAUCCCAGUGACAGUGGUGUCCCGGCUGAGCUGAGGUGUGAAUGCUGGUUCGUGUUACCGCUCAGCCUGGAGUGUGCCUGUUAGUGAAACCUCCUGAUCCUCCUCUGGAGGGCUCUCUGCGUCCUCACCAGUGUCUGAGGGUCAGGAGGGGGCAGACUCUAGGUGGCUGUUGUCACCUGAAGUUAGUUUAUCUCCCUUCUGGCUGCAAACCCAACUCAGCCCUGCCGAUCCCUGAGCAACCCGAGCUGAACCACCGCGGUGUAAGAUACAUCACCCAACCUCCCUAGGGGGAGACGCUGGAAAGUGAUGUGUUGGGAUGAGACCUGCUCGGUGGCCUCUGCCACCCUGCAGGCUUGCCUGUAGUUUGCAAAAUGCAAGUCUAAAAGGCUGAGCUGACCUCAGAACCCAAGCUUGGGGAGGGGGGGAGGGAGGGGUUCUGUCCUUUGGGUCCCUGUGUUUGCAUGUAAAGAAUGUGAGUAACAAAAGGGUGUACAUAUUUAUGAUUUUUUUUAUACCUGUUGUAAGAGGAAAGGGGGAGGGAGGGGGCAGCAAAACUCAGUUGUUGUUUUUUGGGUUGUUUUUUUUUUGGGGGGGGGGGGGAGGGCUUUUCUUUUUAACGGUGACCAGAUGUAUUGUAUAUUUUGAUAACAGCUGUUCCAGGUUCAGUAUUGUGGAAGGUGGUGGGGGGUGGGGGAGGGUUUAAAAACAGUUACACCACAACAUCAGUCAAAUUCCAUCUCCUCCUCUUUUUUUUUUUUGCCUCUUUUCAAAGAAUGUUUGUACUGCAAAAAAAACCAACAAAACAAAAACCAAACAAAAAAAAAAGAAAGAAAUUAAAAACUAUUUUAUAACAACCUUUGUACCUUUCUGUAGCUCCAUUAUUUACUGUCAGAUUGUAGAAUGCAGUUAUUGGCCAGUCUGUACUUGUGCUUUCAAUAAAUUUCUUCUGUAUUCUUUGCUUCUGA